AUGGCAAAGCACAAAAGUCCUGCAAUUAAAGAACUAUGUCAAAUAUUACUAUGUUGUGAUGGUGCUUCUCAAGGAAAUCUAGGUGCAGCUGGAUAUGGGUUUAUUGCCAGAAACAGUGAUGGAGAAUGCAUAGUAGCAGUUGAAGGAAGUUUGGGGAUAGCUACAAAUUAUUAUGCUGAAGUCUUAGCUAUCAUAUGUGCUGGUGAAUGGGCCAUUCACAAAGGUUAUACUCACCUGAUAUUUCAAUCAGAUUCACAGGAAGUGAUUGAAGCUUUCAAAUCUCAUAAAAUUCCUUGGUUUGCCAUUAACAGAUGGAACAAGAUUUGUAGAAGUGCAGAUGAUCUGAGUCUCUGUCAUAGUUAUAGAGAAAUCAAUUUCUCAGCUGACACUCUUGCUAAGAGAGGAUCAAGAUUGGAUCAAGGACAACAAAUCAUAUACAACUCCAUACCACCUUUCCUAGUGCAAAUAGAGAAUGAUAAUCAAGCUUACUAUAGAUUCAUUUGA